CUCCAGCCAAAUCCAUCAUAAUAACACAUAAGCUAUAUACCUGAUCGACACCAUCCAGCAGUGACCGAGCCCUGGUCGUCUAAUCCACACUUCAUCGACCGGAGAGAUGUUGAAGACUGUGACGGAUAAUGAUCAAACCGAUAAUAACAUCAACAAUAACAAUGUCUAUCGGAAUGUUCUGACCAAAAGAAGAACAUAUUUUGUAUGUUAUUAAUGAAGGAAACGACAUUCACUCUUUGCGACAUUGUCUCAAUAUAUAAGUUUGUCAGGAGGAUGAUUUACCGGAUGAUCUUUAUUUUGUUCAACGGCCGGCGACGCAUUGCUAUAGUACUUGGCGUGUGUCUGGUCCUCACAAUAACAUUCAUCCUGAAGUCGAUCAAUUAUGAUAUCAGUCUUACUUCACGUCACGUGAUCACAUUCCAGGCCAACAUCACUCACAGUGACAAUACAUAUGGGGUUCAUAGAACGAAGGCGCUUGAUAGAACCCCUGGACGUGAUUGUAAUUUCACAACACAAAACGGGGUUGUGAAAAAGAAUAUUUAUUCAAUAAUUCGUACUAGUAAACAACAAGAAACUUUAACUGCUCCAAAAGCAACAUCAAAGCCAAUGAAACAUCAUUCCAUUAAUGCGUUAAAAUAUAUAAAGAAUCAUAAUAAAUCAAAUAAUGGGUUUUACUCGAAAGAAAUUUUGCAACAGCAGCAGCAACAUCCAAUUGAAACCCCACUACAGAAUCCAAGUUAUGAUAGCUUUGGUAUCAACAUACUGAAACAAAAUCGAGUAUUAGCUCAGAAAGAGAUGGUUGCACACGACUUACAGCAGCCAAAACUAUUUAAAAGUUUCACAAGAAAGGAAACAGAGCUUCUCCACACAAAACAUCUAGAUGAAGCAAAAGAAAACAAAUUGACUAGUAAAUUGAAAUUUCAAAGACAAUUUCCUGAAAUAGCUGGAAGGGUCAGACAAAGUAAGAAGGUUUUCAGCAAUGAAUUGCUCAAUAAUAACCUGUUUUAUAGGUUACAAGAGAUACAAGAUAUAAAUAUGCAAAAUCAAGAAGCUCUUGCACACAAUGGAUUAAUUCUUCGCGACCAAUUAAUAAACAAAGAUUUAGGCAUGCCGGAACCCCUAAGCUUUGAUACAUUUACAGAGAAGAAACAAAUUGGCGUCUCAAGCAAACAAACACGUACUAAUGAAGUAAGAUAUAUGCGGGGACAAACCCAUGGCCUUCAUACCAAUGCUGAUGGAGUCGAUAGUUCUGAGCGUGUUCGACAAAUUAAAGCACAUUCAAGAUCCGUACAGCAACCUGUCCAAGCAAGCCGGGACAAAACCAAGGCAGUGUAUCACUGCGAAAAUCCAAGAGAAGUCCCGAAAGUGGAAAACAUAUUGUGUAUGGACAGACCUAAAUUCCUUCCUAACUACAAAAAUCCGUGUUGGAGGGAUAGUAUUACUGGUGCUCUUCGUUGUCUACCUUACUUCCACAUUUUUGGGACGUGCAAGUCUGGGACAACGGACCUUUUCCAUCGUAUGGUGCACCAUCCACAGAUCCUCCCAAACAAAGGAGUUCUGUCCAAAGAGACAUGGUUCUGGAGCUGGAAACGAUAUGACCGGAUGAUUGGAGUUCGACAUAAUCAAACCAUUCCAGACCAGGCAAUGACUCUUAGGAACUUUACUGAUUUUUUCGAUGCGAAGAUGAUAGAAAGUUUCAUGACAAACGUGGAUGGACAUUCUCCGUACCAUCAACUCGUGACAGGGCAUGGGGAUCCGAUGGAUAUUUGGGAUUUUACAAGAUGGCGGAAGAUAUCGCAAAACAACCCAAUGACACAGGAACCGGAAGUGACCACACCAAAUUUAGUUCGUCACGUUAACCCUGACGUCAAACUGAUAGCACUCUUAAGAGAGCCAGCUGAGAGAACAUAUUCUCACUACCUUCACAUACACCUAGGGGACAACAAAGAGUCGUUCCACUUUCAUGUUGUACAGACCAUCAAGUAUCUGAGAGACUGUGAGAGCAAUGGCCGGCUACGGGCUUGUGUAUAUAAACAUGGUUUAAGAAUGAAGGCUCCGCUCCACGCCAGUUUGUAUUACUUACACUUGACGGAGUGGCUGAAGGUGUUCCCCAGGAACCAAAUACUCCUUCUGACCAACGACGAUUAUCAGCAGGAUACGGCAGGGACGCUCAGUACUGUGUUUAGAUAUCUAAAUCUAGAUCCAAUGCCUUACUCGGAUUUGGUAAAGGUUGCUAGUCGACAAAGGCAGUAUGUUUCCCCAUUGAAAGCAAAAUUAGGAGCCAUGCUGCCACAAACGAAAGCAAUUCUUGGAGAAUACUUUGAAGAUUCUAUUCACAAACUUGUAUCAUUAUUAAAUGACACCAAGUACUUGAAGUGGAUUGAUAACAGUUCAUUGAAUUAUGAUGCCUACAGUACAAACCCGAUUUUUUUAAACAAGAGUAAUGAAUCUCACAAGCUGUUUUCUGGAGACAAUGUACGUCAAAGAAAAGGAUCACAUAAAUUUUUCUUUAAUAAAUGGAAUGAUGUUGAAUUACAAGUAAAUAAGAACUCUAGAGAUGGUUUCUUUUUAAACGCUAUACAUGGUGUGAAAUUACCUGUAAAUAAUAUACCGCAUGCUGACCUGCCUUCAGACAUAAUACAGGAGUUCCAAUUACAAUCAAACAAACAAUCAAAUUCCUCAUUAAUUUCCGAUGCAAAACCUAGUGCCAAAUAUUUUAAUACAUCAUCAACUGUGGGAUUACCAUCUAACAGAAUGUAUGAAGUCAAAAUACCAUCAAAAAACAUGCGAAGGUCUAAAUCCGUGCUAAAUACGUUGAAUCAAGAUGGACCAGUUUUAAACAGAAUCCCAAACAAAAAGCCGUACUCAUAUAAGCAACCAAGUGUAAAAUCAUCUUCAAAACCAAUGUCCGCCGUGGAACUGCCUUCCAACCAAAUAAAACAUAUCACUUUACUUACAAAUGUAAAACCCCAAAAAAUGUUACCUACAAAAAUAGUAUCUAAAGUAAAUUUUCAUUCACAUCCAAUGUCUAGUGUCAAAUUUUUUCCAAAUACAUGACCCAGAAAUCUAUUAAAUGUACCCCUUAAUCAUCAACGAAAUAUAUUACCUUGAAAGAUCAAUUUAUUCAGUGGCAUAGCGUUUAAAACAUACCAGAAACUUGUGACCUACAUACACAAUUACUCAAGGUCAAAUUGAUUGUCUUAACAAGAAUAUAUUACCUUAACCCUUUCACCCCUAUGUAACUUUAGUAGCAUAGGGUGAAAUUAUGAUCUUUCUUUUGAUUUUGUUUUUUAGUAUAACAAAAAUAUAUAUUUUCUUGAAAUAAAAUGUUGAUGCUCUCCCUUUUGUUUUGGAGUUCUUGUUCUUUUCUGUUCCUAUUGACCGAGUUCUGAUAGUAUCAUAUCCAUCAAUUUUAGUGCAAGAGGCACAUGAAAAAAUAAAAAGGUUGAAGGCGGUUGCUAAUUAAACUACAAACACAGAUUGUUGCCAGUGGCGUACCCUAAAAUUUUCAAGAUUUUUUUUUCAUCAUAAUUUUACAUUAAUUUUUUUUAUGACCAAUAUGGACCGUCUGUAUCAAUCAUAAAAGGGAAAUAAAUAAAAACUAGAACUGUAAGCCAAAGGCUAACUAAUCCCCCCCUCCUAUA